AUGGGCAGGAACCAGCUGGGGCUGGGAGGGUUAGAGCCUCGGGUUCGCUCUCCGCUGGGCUGCUUCGAGAACCUAGAUUCGAAAAGAGCUUCCGGAGGUCACGUCUAUGCACUUCUCCACCACUACCCCCUAACCUUGCCCCCGGGAAUGCUGGCCGCCCUGUUUUUUCACUAUUCGAGAUCGCUCGCUGCUCUCCUAGCCUUCCUCCUGAGUCUCUCAGCCGCUGGACCGAUACAUUUGCCUAUACCCUGGACCAAUUCCAGGCGACUCCGGGUCCCGGCGCUCAUCACACGCAGCCCCGAACUCCCCAACCGCGAAGGCCCGACGCCCCGGGCAUCUGGAAGCCAGAGGCUCGGUUGA